AAUUUCUACAGCAAAGUGCCAUGCGUAUGAAUUCACUUUGCUUAAAAAAUCCAUUCCUCACUUUUUUGAAGCUUAGAUUUCGAAAAUAAUCGCGGAAAAGAAAGAUCCAAGUGCAACAUCGAAGAAGCCUUUAAUUAAAACCCCACCUCACCUGUUCGCUUACACAAGAUGAAUGAAAAUAUAAGCAAAGUAAAUAGCACCGUGGUAGAGCUACUGGGCAUGUCUGAUUUGUUCAAGAGAAUGCAAAACACCUGUUGGAGCAAAUGCAUUCCCGAUGUAAACGAUUCGAUACUUUCGGUAGGCGAAACCAGUUGUGUUGACAGGUGUGUCCAUAAAUAUAUGGAAAUACAUACACUGGUGGGGAAGAAUCUACAGGAGUCUCAGCUUUCCAAGUGACGGCGGCGUGGGGAAAACGUCGCCCCAUGUGUAGGAGGUCGUAUAAGCAUAUGCGUUUGCACAUAAGGGUAUCUAUUUCAGAGUGGAGUACAUUUACACAUAUAUGUUAUCCCACUGAAAUUAUGCAGUCUAAUUUGUGCCAUUUUU